CAGAAGGAGGCGAUUUAUCCUCACUCCAAUGGCGUCGUUUCGCUCGGCUUAGAUUUGGAGGGAGGAUGACGACAUUCUCUUUCCGACGCAGAAUGGUCGCCGCCCCCCGUUUCUCUUCCUUUAUCCAUGUCUCUUCCCUGCGGCCCGCCCUCGCGCCCCGCUUUUAUAUCUGGAACCAAGAAAGAGGGUAGAAGAGAGAGCUUUCGGGAUUCGGGCGAUUUCGAUAGAUAAAAGAUAGAUAGAGAUCUCGAGAUGUCUUUUUUGGAGGAUCUUGAGCCCUGGUUCUACCUCACUCGCUUCCGCGACCAACUGAGCGUUUUCUCUGAAACCAUGGCGGCAUCGAUGGCGACGGCGAGCUGCACCGACGACGCGGCGGACGAGUGCCGCGAUGACGCGGCGGCGCUGCGGCUGAAGAUGGUGGCGAUAGCGAUGAUUCUUGUGGCGGGGGUGGCCGGGGUGGCGAUCCCCCUGGUGGGGCGCAAGCGGCGGUUCCUGAGCACCGACGGAAGCCUCUUCGUCUUCGCCAAGGCCUUCGCGGCCGGCGUCAUCCUCGCAACGGGUUUCGUCCACAUGCUUCACGACGCCCAGUCGGCGCUGACGGACCCCUGCCUCCCGGAAUCGCCUUGGCGGCGAUUCCCCUUCUCCGGCUUUGUGGCAAUGAUGGCGGCGCUCGGGACGCUCGUGGUCGACUUCGUCGGGACCCAGUUCUACGAGCGGAAGCACCGGGAACAAGCCAUGGGGGUCAAGGCGGCAACCGAGGCGGCGGUUACGGCGACGGCAGCGGCCGAGGAUGGCAUCACCAUCAUCUCUGUCUCGCCGGAGCCGGAGGAGGCGGUGGACAACGUCAAGAGCCCGAUGCACAUUGUCGGGAUGCACGCCCACGCGGCGGCGCACCGUCAUAGCCACCCACACGAGCACGGGGCGUGCGACGGCCCCGCGCGGCGGGAGCGCGGCCCUGGCCACGCCGACGAGGACGAGGGCGUGGGCGAGGUCUCUUCUCAUGUGCGCCACGUGGUCGUAUCCCAGAUACUGGAACUAGGAAUCGUGUCCCACUCGGUGAUCAUUGGGUUGUCUCUCGGUGUCUCCCAGAGUCCGUGCACCAUAAGGCCACUCAUUGCAGCCUUAUCCUUCCACCAAUUCUUUGAAGGCUUUGCACUGGGAGGAUGCAUCUCCCAGGCACAGUUCAGGAACUUGUCGGCGGGGCUGAUGGCGUCCUUCUUUGCAAUCACGACGCCGGCCGGCAUCGGCGCCGGAGCGGGUGUUGCGUCGUUCUACAACGCCAAUAGCCCGAGGGCGCUGGUGGUCGAGGGGAUACUGGACUCGAUCUCCGCCGGCAUUCUCGUCUACAUGGCGCUGGUUGAUCUAAUCGCGGCGGAUUUUCUUAGCAGGAGGAUGAGCUGCAAUGUUAGGCUUCAGGUGGCGUCUUACGUGGCUCUUUUUCUUGGCGCUGGCUCCAUGUCGGUCCUUGCAAUCUGGGCUUGACUCGUGCUGCUGGUGGCUGAAGCUUUGGUGACUGGCGACAAAGCCUGGACGGCCGGAUUUUGUACGAAUAUGGUUGUUUGCAUCUUCUCGUUCUGCUUUCGGACGAAGAUUCUGGUCGCCUGGAUGUUUUAUUUUUUGUUGGAAAAGUCUCUUUCACGAGGUUUCUCUCCUUGGAGUGGAAAUCGGUAUAUACUUCAGAGCUUGCGUUCGUUGACAGUUGCUUUUAGUUCAUACGUCGUAUUUGUGGGAAGAAACAGACUGUAGAAGCGCAGCUCCAUGGAGCUGUCGUUUUGUGUCACUAUAAUGUCUGUGUAUGGAUGGAAUUGAUGGCGGAAUUAAAUUGAACCGAUUUCUUUGUCCUUCACGUGUUUGUGGAUUAGAGUCCAUG